AUGGCUUCAGGAAAUGGACAACUGACUGUCCCUCCAGGGUUCCGAUUCCAUCCUACGGAUGAAGAGCUUCUCUACUAUUACCUCAGGAAGAAGGUCUCAUAUGAAGCCAUCGACCUUGAUGUUAUUAGGGAGGUGGAUCUCAACAAACUGGAGCCCUGGGACCUCAAAGAGAAAUGCAGAAUAGGGUCAGGGCCUCAGAAUGAGUGGUACUUCUUCAGCCACAAGGAUAAGAAAUACCCAACAGGAACUCGAACGAACCGGGCAACCACAGCUGGGUUUUGGAAGGCAACUGGGAGAGACAAAGCCAUCCAUCUCGCCAAUUCCAAGAGGAUUGGCAUGAGGAAAACCUUAGUCUUUUACACUGGCCGCGCUCCUCAUGGCCAAAAGACGGACUGGAUCAUGCAUGAGUAUCGCCUCGAAGAUGACAACAUUAGUGCUGAUCAAGUUCAGGUUGUUGGUCUUUUGGUUCAGCAGGAAGAUGGAUGGGUGGUUUGUAGGGUUUUCAAAAAGAAGAAUCACAACAGAGGAUAUCAACCAGAAUUUGCUCAUCAUCAAGAUCAAGAACACGAUCACUUCGCAAACAUGAAGGCAAGUGGUUCUCAUGGCCCAGUACUGCUAGAUCACCAUGAGCCAAAACAAAAUCAUCAUCAUCUGGAAGCACUGUAUGAUUACACUAGUAAUUUUGAUCAUGCUGGGUCCAUGCACCUCCCGCAGUUGUUCAGUCCAGAGUCAGCUGUUGCUUCAUCCUUCGUGUCGCCUAAUACUAUCAAUUUGAACACCAUGGACAUUGAGUGUUCUCAAAACCUUUUGCGGCUAACAUCUACUGCAGCAGCAGCAGCAGCAGCAGCUGGUUGUGGCCAACUCAUGCAGCAGCAGGAGAGAUCAUUGAUCAACGGUGGUGAUUGGUCAUUCUUGGACAAGCUCCUCGCAUCUCACCAGAGCCUCGAUCAUCACCACUCAUCACAUACCAAAUGCAACAACCCUUCUUCAUCAGCUCAGCAGCAGCUUAAUAAUUCUCAUGAACAUGUCGGUACUUCAUCAACAACACAGCAGAGAUUCCCAUUUCAAUACCUUGGCUGUGGAACUGACCUUUUAAAGUUUUCCAAGUAG